GUAGUCUCUCAUGUAAAUGUUAUACGCUUCUUUUUCUUUUCUUGGACCUCUCAAAGAUUCAUCUGUAAUGCCCCACUUUAUUUCUCUGUCCUGUUCUUGGAUUUCGAAUGUCCUCCAUAUAUUCUUUUCAUUAUUUUAAUGCCCCGCUAAUUUAAAUAAUCAUCUGCUCAAAUUCGAUUUUUAGAGCAGACCCAUCACGUGAAAUUAGAUUAAAUAAACCAAUAAUCCAACUAAGUUUAAAGAAAAUAAAAAAAUUUACUUUCAUAUGCUAAUCGCAAAUAAUACAUGUACAUUCUCUUUCAUAUGGGGGUCUUAAUAUUUCAACCCCGUCAAGAAAGACUCACGUCGCCACCUGCUAUUUGUCUGUUUAUUCCUUGUUUCAACGAUUCCUUUGAGAGGGAGAGAAAAAUGUUGGGCAACUGUGAUGAGAAGAUGGUAGUCAUCUCCUCUACUAACGAAUGGCCACAGAAUCACAUAGAUGAUCAAAAGGCUUUGAUGGCUGAGACUGCAGCAAGAACAAUGGAGAAACCAGGCCAAGAACAACUACAACAGCAGCAACAAGCUCUCAAGUGUCCUCGCUGUGAUUCUUCCAAUACAAAAUUCUGCUACUACAACAACUACAGCUUAUCUCAGCCAAGGCACUUUUGCAAAGCCUGCAAGCGUUACUGGACCAGAGGUGGAACCUUAAGGAACGUUCCGGUAGGAGGUGGCUGCAGGAAGAACAAGCGCGUGAAAAGGCCUGCUUCCGCUAUAGAUGGAGUUUCUUCUUCUUCUUCUUCUUCAGCUCCUAGUUCCAAUUUGAACCAAACUUCGCAACCCCAGAUCGAUUUGUCUGCCACCUCUAAUCACAUCAGUCAUCUGUUUUAUGGGUUAAACAAUAACCCUUCUGAUAUGAGCCUUCCAUUUCCCAGGUUCAAUACUUCUGGUGUCUCGAAUGUGGAUACGGUUUCUGGGUAUGAUCUGCAGCCUCAGUUGAAUUCUCUUGGAUUAGGGUUUUCAUCUGGGAUUAUCUCUAAUGGUGUUGGUGGUGAUAGUGAUUAUCGAAACGGGUUCAAUCCCACUAAACAAAUCCAAGAUAUUGUCACCUCGACUUCACUUCUUUCAAGCUAUUCCAUUUUUAGUUCACCGUCUUGCACAACCGCUUCUCCAACAAUGGCUUCUCUGCUAGCUUCCAAAUUCACCAAUAUUGGUGGUCUGAAAGAUGCUAGAGGGGAACCAAACCAUUUCCAAAGCUUAGCACCCUUAGAAGAUCUUGAUGUAGCUGGAAAUGGGGAAGUAGGAGGGAUGGGAAUGAAAGGAGUGAAAUUAGAAGAAGAACAAAGUAGGUUGGUGUGGAAUAAUGCGGCUAACUGCCAGAAUCAGACAGGGCAAAUUGGUUUGUCGGAUCCUUCUCUUUACUGGAAUGCAUCAUCGGCUAUUGGUACUAAUUGGCAUGAUCCAGCAAACAUUGGGUCCUCCGUCACUUCUCUGAUCUAGCAUAAGCCAAGGGAAUUAAACAUCAUUCUUCUAUAAAUCUCCCUCUUUAUUUAUAGUUCAUUUUUGUCCUUUUUUUUUUUUUACUUUUUUUUUUUUUUUAAUUAGCUUUAGGUUCUUUUAGUUUGUUACUUCGUUUUGUAGCGAAUUUGUUGGGUCACACGGUGUGGGUGUUUUUAUCAAAAGCUUUAAGAAAAAGGGAAAAAAAAAAAAUCGUAAAUCAUACGGAAGCAAAGAUGGGAGGAGCUGGGAUCGGAGUGAUCAUGUCAGCAGCAAAGAUUCAGCCUCUUGUUUUUAUUAAUCAAGGUUAAGGAUCCUUAGUUGCGCUGAGAGGAACCUCGGAUCCUCUUCGUCUCAUCGCGUCGGGCACAUCAUCAUCAUCAACAUGCAUCAUCAUGAUCUUAAUCAUCAUCUACACAGUUGAAGGUUUUUCGGUUUAAAGAAUCCUUCAGUAAGUUGAUGUAUUUUUACUUUGUAUGUAUAUACAUGCAUGACAUCCUUUCCUUUCUAAUUGUAUUUCAUAUUAGGUUGGUGUUUUGGGGAGUUACUUGGGGGGUAUAUGUUGAAGUCCUCGAUCAUGAUCAGAUGGGGAACUAAUAAUUUUUUCAUUUAUUUCUUCUGUUAAUCUUUUUGUUUUGGAGGACAAGUUGCUUAGAGGAUGGGGGUUUGGGGUAUAAUGGUAUAGAAGAGAGGGAGAUUUAUUAUUUGCAAUGUGGGUAUGUAGUUUAUGUGGCUGGUUUUGGUUAUAUGUUGUUUAAUUAACUUUUGUUGCUUCCAAAUAUUUUCUACUUUGGUGUUUGGAUAUAAGAUUAAUGCUUAUAAACAACAAUCCAAUUGAAACUUUAAAACAUAUAUAUAGGCCAUAUAUACAAUCCUGGUAAUGAUAAGUGUCUAAGCCUAUUAAAGUUUGUAGUAUUACCGCGUCUAGGCUCUUAGAUGCUCACCAUAAUUUAGGUGCUGAUGUUUAUUAUAGAAAAUCUUUAUGUAUAUACGUAAUGUGUGUAAAUUUUUAUGGAAAUGUAGAGGACAUCUUGGAACCUUAACAAAGUGAUAUUCCAAGCUAGAUAGUUCACGAGUAAAUCUAGCUUAGUUUUGUAUGGAAGAAGGAUUAGGAUGGGGGAUAUUCAUUUGAAAUUGAUAAUGCUAUAGCUUGUCUUGUAGGUCAUGAUCUGCUCGUAAACUAAGAGUAAAUUUGUAAGUGAAAUUUAUAAGUUGGCAUCCACUUUGCUGGCUGUAUUUCUUGUUUUGGUUAUAGUACUCCAAGAUGUACAUAGAGUUGGAUGGCCGUGUGCAGGUGGGAAUUGAUCUUGGCAUGGAGUGAGUAGAUAUUUGUAGCCUAUAACUUGGAUUCUGGCUCUUAUUCUUUUACUCUUAGGAUAUUAUCACAGAGUGAGAGAGAGAGAGAGAGAGAGAGAGAGAGAGAGAGAGAGAUCCACAAAACUUUUGACUCACCAAAAAUGCUUUCCUUUGAAAUUCAUGAUGAUCAUCUGCUGGAUUCAGUAAUCUGUCCUUGUCAUGUAUUAUUAAUUUUUUUUCCACUUUUGAACAAUAUUCUAUUUAGUUGAAUUAAUAGGAAGGGAUACUAUUAUUUCUUUUA